GAUGCUAACUGCUAACCUGAUUUAACGAGCGUCACGGCAGCGCACGGAGUCUACGUCAGCACGUCAGGGUGACGCAGCAGCAGGGGGCGUGGUCUGUGGCAGUGGACCAGCAGAUUGUUUUUUCUCGUCUCGUCUGAAAAAAGUGUGAGAGGAUGAGGUGACCUCGGAGCCACAGAUCAGUGACCUCCUGUGGUGAUGGACGACCUCUGGGCCGUGGCUGUGGGCGUUUUCCAGGCGUGGAUGUUCGUGGUGGUUUUCUUCAUCAUGCUGCCGGCCAUGUGCGGCCUCUCGCUGGGCGUCACCAGCGUCUACAUCCAGAUCCUGGUCAAGAUCCUGGAGUGGGCGACGUUACGGAUCCAGAGAGGACGCCAGGAGCAGCCGAGCGUCCCCGUGCCUCUGCCCAACGGAGCUUGUCAUCUGGAUCGCCCCCUGGUGGCUGACUGCAGUAUUACUCACAAACCCCUCCUCCUCCAUGUAAUCAGAUGGGACAAGGACCAAAGGAUCAUUGAGCGGGUGGGCGGCUCGAUGGAGGAGGAGAUGGCGCCGGCAGGGGCGGAGUUCUCCCUGAGCGACGCCCUCUUCUUCUACAAGGAGGGCGUGGAGAGCAUCGUGGACGACCAGGUGACGCAGCGCUUCUCCUCCGAGGAGCUCGCCUCCUGGAACCUCCUCACACGCACCAACCACAACUUCCGCUACAUCAGCCUCCGCCUCACCGUCAUCUGGGGCCUCGGCGUCUUCGUGCGUUACGGCGUCCUCUUCCCUCUCAGAAUCACUCUCACCGUCAUCGGACUCUCGUGGCUCGUGAUCGGAACGACUCUGGUCGGAUUUCUGCCUGAAAGCAGUGUGAAGACGUGGCUCAGUGAACUGGUUCAUGUGACCUGCUACAGAAUCUGUGCCAGAGGUUUGUCGGCGACCGUCCACUAUCACAACAGAGACAACCGGCCUCAGAAAGGAGGAAUCUGUGUGUCCAAUCACACGACUCCGAUCGACGUGGUGAUUCUGGCCAAUGACGGCUGCUACGCGAUGGUGGGCCAGGUUCACGGCGGUCUGAUGGGGGUCCUUCAGAGGUCGAUGGUCAGGUCGUGUCCCCACGUUUGGUUCGAGAGGUCGGAGAUGAGGGACCGCCACGCGGUGACCAACAGGCUCAGAGCUCACGUCGCAGCAAAGAACAAACUUCCCAUCCUGAUAUUUCCUGAAGGAACUUGCAUCAACAACACGUCGGUCAUGAUGUUUAAGAAAGGAAGCUUUGAAAUCGGAGGAACCAUCCACCCGGUCGCCAUCAAGUACGACCCUCGGUUCGGAGACGCCUUCUGGAACAGCAGUAAAUACAACAUGGUGAGUUACCUGCUCCGCAUGAUGACCAGCUGGGCCAUCGUCGUCAACGUGUGGUACCUCCCCCCCAUGACCAUACAGGAGGGAGAGGACGCUGCUCAGUUUGCAAACAGAGUGAAAUCUGCUGUGGCCCAUCGGGGGGGUCUCCUGGACCUGGACUGGGACGGAGGAUUGAAACGAGGGAAGGUGAAGGAUUCUCUGAAGGAGGAGCAGCAGAAGAAAUACAGCAGCAUCAUCACGGGACAGAGCAACAUGGACGACCCCGACUCCUCGUCAGUAACGACGUGAGAACUUUAAAUAAGAUCAAACAGCUCAGAUCCUUCUCUCCUCCUGACGUCCUGUGUGCAACGACGUGUUUUCACCAGCAGGAGGCAGCGCGGGAUCACAGUUGACUCAGUCCAGAUCAUGUGACGCUUUAAAAUGAAGCAGAUAUUCAGUUUAAAAUGUUAUUAUCUGUUUAUAAAUGUGUUUUUAAACUGGA